GCUGAACGAUCGAUUGCCUUAGUCCGAUUAGAGAAAAAAAAAAGAAAAAUGGCGGCAGAUUUAUAGUAUGGUCUCUAUGGCCAAAGCACAGGAUCAAACAUCCAACGCAACCAUGGCUUGGGGCAACAACAUGGACGCGAGCUGUCAAAAUUUCGACGUUUUACUUUUUUACACAAAGAUGGCUGCCGCGCUGGCGCGAACAACCAUAGAGUUUUUCUAUACUUAUAGGUUUAAUAUCAUGAUGACUGUGAUAUUAGUUUUAGUAGUUUACGUUAUUUAUAAAUCUUAUUGGAGUCCGGUGCUGUAUAUCAAAGAGCUAUCAGACAUUGGCUAUGAGCACGUACCAAAGGGGGCAAACCGUGAGAUCCGGAUCGCCCGGGCAAUGAAGAGCCGUCAGUUGGGGGUGAAACUGCCCCCUCCAUAUCCAAACGGGUGGUUUGCUGUUGCGGAGAGCAGGGACCUGAGGAAUGGGGAUGUCACUAGUGUGGACGCUUUAGGUCAGAACCUCUGCGUGUACCGCGGUGAAGAUGGCAUAGCGCGCUGCGUGGACGCAUAUUGCCCCCAUCUCGGGGCAAACUUGGGGAUCGGGGGCAAAGUUGGGGGCAGCUGUAUAGAGUGCCCCUUUCAUAAGUGGAGGUUCAACGCUGAUGGGGCGUGUGUUAACGUUCCUGGACAGGAUAAUCCGCCAAAAGGCGUGUCCAUACGCACCUGGCCCACAGUGGAGGCCGACGGUGCUAUAUGGAUCUGGCACGACGCGGAGCGUAGGCCUCCGUUGUGGGCCAUCAGCGACGCUGAGGAGCUGGCCUCGUGGGGUUACAGAGGCCGAAACGAGUUCGUUGUUGGAUCGCAUUGCAUGGAUAUCCCAGAAAAUGGUGCUGACGUGGCCCAUCUCAAUGCGGUGCACUCUCCGUCCCUGCUGUCAAAUAUGGGAGAAAAAUACCCCGUCCUGCUUAACUUUAUAGGGCAACACUCAUGGUCCGCGGAAUGGUCGCGCGGCGAAGGUCACAUGGCCACAAUGAAACUAGAACACCACUACAAGAUAGGGGACCUCAGUUUAUUCCACAUGGACGUGGUGGCUACACAGAUGGGUCCCGGCCAUGUUCGUCUACACGUAGAUACCGGGUUCGGACCCCUGCUUAUCUCCCAAUCAGUGACCCCUAUAGGACCAUUACUACAACGAGUCGUCCAUAGAAUGUUCUCACCCGCUUAUAACGCUCCUAUAGUCACUGGAUUCAUAUGGGGAGAGAGUUAUAUGUUUGAACGUGACGUGAUGAUUUGGAACAACAAACGCUACAUGAGUUCUCCGGCCUACGUGCGGACAGACAAGACGAUUCGCGCCUUCCGAGCGUGGUACUCUCAGUUCUAUAGCGAAAAUAGCAUUAGUUUUAAAGACGCUACACAAAAUCCUUUGGAUUGGUGACAGCGCCAUCUUGUGAUGAGUAGAAGUAGUUCUCAAAAUACAAACUGCUUUUACUCUCCGCCAAUGAGAACCAAAUUUAGGGCGUGAUACUUGCAGUUCUAUAG